UUUAGUUUCACAUGAAACUUGCAGCUUUAGCUUUGUGUUGUGAGCUUCUAUAUAAGAGCUUUACUUUGUGCUUGUAUGUCAGUUCUGAAAGAGUAGAGGGGUAGAGCUAAAUAUCAAGAGAAAUACGUGAACCAUGACUGUCGCCAAAUUUGAAGAAGCUGCACCAGAUCAUUCUGAAGAAGAUGCGCCUGUAAACAAAGAAGAAUCUGCUUCUCCUGAAGCUGCACCAAUGCACGAAGAAGCCCAAUCAAAUGGCCAAUCACCUGUUAAAGAAACCACGCCUGUGAUAACACAUGUGAAAGCGCGAACAGGGAAGUAUCCAGGCUCGGAUGUUGAACGAUUCCACGUCCCUGACGAUAAGGUACCUUGGACCGUCGAGUUUCAAGAUUAUAGUCCGGUGGAGUAUACAGUCCCAAAGAUAUUGAAUGAUAAACCGGAAUGGGCUGAUCCGGAUACAAGUGACGAUGCGUUCGAAGUUAUCAAGUUUAACGAGGUGGAUAAAAAUAUACGUAGAAUCAGUCACAUGGGAAAAUAUGAUAUUUUCGAUGGCAAGCCGCGAAAUCCUGUAGGCCGUACAGGAAUCUCCGGUAGAGGCCUUCUUGGCAAGUGGGGACCAAAUCAUGCGGCUGACCCGCUUGUCACUCGAUGGAAGCGCAACAGUGACGGAGAACAGCUAAAACACGAAACAGACAACAAACCGAUUUUGGAAUUUGUGUCGAUACAACGACGCGAUAAUCAGGAAUGGGCUAUACCGGGGGGUAUGGUCGACAAUGGUGAACAAGUGUCUUUGACUCUCAAACGUGAAUUCGGUGAAGAAGCGAUGAAUUCCAUAGAAGAGAGCGAGCGGGAGUGUACGAAAAAACUUAUAGAUGAGUUGUUUACGCAUGGAGAAGUAAUUUACCAAGGUUACGUUGACGAUCCGCGAAACACGGAUAAUUCUUGGAUGGAAACCGUCGCCGUCAACUUUCACGACGACGACGGCACCACUGUCGGAAAAAUACCGUUAGAAGCCGGCGACGAUGCUAAAGCCGUGCGCUGGUUGGCUGUUGACAAAGAGGUAAAGUUGUAUGCCAGCCAUAUGGAUUUCGUGAAGGCAACAUGCGAGAAACGAGGAGCGUACUUCCCCACUUUAUAACUACAAAUUAAAUUUUUGAAUUAUUUAUUCUUACACAAUUUUUUUUUUUCAAUUCUUAGAUUCAUAUUGUAAUUACAUUAUUGUAAAAACCUAAAGAGAAACAGAGUAAAGGAAGGGGGAUAUUUGAGUAAGGACACGAAAAGUUCAGAAUAUAUCAAAAGUCGAAAAUUUUUUCCUUACGAUAAUCAAAGUGCUCCAGUCGUAGUUUCUUUUGUUUUAAAAUUCUCCAAUAGGCGGAUAAUUUGAGUUUGAAUGAUUUUGAAUAUUUUGAUUGGUUGAUGGAAUUCAUUUCAAGCCAAUCAGAACCUUUAAUUAUUCCGCUUUGGUGCCCGGAAUAUUUUGCUAGAGUGGAGAUGAGCCUUAACGGAGGAUUUAUAUCGGUUUUGUUGCCUGUACCUCCAUGGUUUUUUCUUUAAGUAGUUCUUGACAGAUCCAGUUUUUUGGCGAACAAAUAUCUAGUGGAUUGUUGUAGGUCUUGUGACUAUUUCGAGGUUAUAAUGUUAUUUAAUGUUUUUAUUUGUUUUUAUUAAUAUAUAUAAAAACUGUACCUUGA